UUCUCCGCGUUAAAAUCCAAAGGAUAGUUGAAUACAAUUAAUUUACUGUCGGAUCGCCAUCUAUUCUGAUCGAAGCUAGCUAGGUAGAUAGUCAGCGAGGAACGGGUUGACUGUUAGUCUCGUGCGUCUCGCGUAGGGAGCAAUAUGGCGAAUAUGUCUGUGAUAGGCGGACCUUCGUUACGGAUAGCUGAUAUUCCACAUGCUGCGUAGAAAUCGCACGUCAGUAGAGAAGUCGGAAGCAUGGAGCUGCUCCGUACAGACACCCAUUUCAUCUUCGUGAAAGAGAGGUACAGCCUCUGGUGUGACAAAUACACGGGAGAGUUCUCCGCUAAAUCGGAUUGGGAAUGGGCUUCCCCGAAGGAAUUGGAAUGCCUUGGAAUAUUUUAUGGAAUUGUUGGGAAGAUAGAGCAGCCAUGCGUGCUAGAGCCACGUUUGAUGUUGAUCAAGGAGGUUUCACCAGCUGGAGAAUUGUACGGGGGUCAUAUUGUAUACAAGAUCAAAUCGAUCGCGUUCCUAAAUAUUGGCAGUGAGAACAAUGACAUUGGACUUCUACCGUGUAAGAAACAUCAGAAUUUACCAAAGAAAAAAAGUCAAGGCGGCCUGUUCGAUGUCCCGCAGAAGGCAGCCUUCGCAAAGACAUGGGGAACCAUCAAGAGUGCGACAAACACUAUAAAAAAUACAACUCAACAUGCAGCUGCACUUGCUACAUCGCAGGUGAAAUCUACCGUGAGCAAGAGAAGCAUUGUUAAAGACAAGGAAAGAUUUGACAAAAGAAUCUCAGAAGAGUUAAACAAAAUCUUCACUGAAACUGAUUCCUUUUAUUUCUGUUUAACUGGUGAUAUUACCAACAGUCUGCAAAGGCUCUGCGUCUCAGAGUCUCAGCAGGAUGAAGAAGGGCGAGACAAACCACUUUGGCAAAGGGUGGACGACAGAUUUUUUUGGAACAAGCACAUGUUGCAGGAUAUAAUUAAUCUAAAAACAGACAAUGCAACCUGUUGGAUAUUACCGGUUAUCCAAGGAUACGUGCAGAUAGAAAAGUGUAAAGUAGAAGUAGGCAUCGAUGAACAUCCUCAUCAUGAAACCUUCAACUUGGCAAUUAUAUCUAGAAGAAGUAGGUUCCGCGCAGGGACGAGGUAUAAGCGACGCGGUGUCGACGAUGAAGGAAAAUGUGCAAACUAUGUAGAGACUGAACAAUUGGUUUGGUAUCAUGAUCAUCAAGUAUCAUUCGUUCAAGUGCGAGGCAGUGUGCCUGUCUACUGGUCUCAACCUGGCUACAAAUAUAAGCCGCCACCACAUAUAGACAAAGACGAAGCAGAGACUCAGGUAGCGUUUGAGAAACAUUUUACCGAGGAGCUCGACCUGUACGGCCCGGUUUGCAUCGUCAAUCUCGUAGAGCAAGCCGGCAAGGAGAAGAUAAUUUGGGAAGCUUACAGUAAUCACGUAAUAAAUUACAACCACCCAGACAUAACGUACACGAGUUUCGACUUCCACGAAUAUUGUCGAGGAAUGCAUUUUGAAAACGUGUCUAUCCUGAUCAAUGCAUUAACAACGGUAUUAGCAGACAUGGGUUACUGCUGGCGCGAUAAGCAAGGCACAAUUUGCAUGCAGAAGGGAGUGUUUCGGGUGAAUUGCAUAGAUUGUUUAGAUAGAACAAACGUUGUUCAAACCGCUUUGGGUAAAGCCGUGAUGGAAAUGCAGUUUUCAAAGCUAGGACUAAUACCGCCGGACGGAACGCUACCGACGAAUAUGAGACAAACCUUUCAAUUACUUUGGGCGAAUAACGGCGACAUAAUCAGUAAACAGUAUGCCGGUACAAACGCUCUCAAGGGUGAUUACACAAGAACGGGGGAAAGAAAGUUUACCGGUUUAAUGAAAGACGGCAUGAAUUCUGCGAACAGAUACUAUUUAAAUCGCUUCAAGGAUGUCUAUAGGCAGGCCACGAUCGAUAUGAUGUUAGGAAAUUCGGUAAAUGAAGAAGUGUUUCAAGAGCGCACCGAGGAACAAGAGGACAAUGCCGCGACAGCGGUUCACGUGAAAUUGCUGAUUGAGGAUUGCAAGAAGUUACUUAUACCAGACCCAGAAGUAAUUUUAGGCAGCUGGGGUCUAAUCGACGCUGAUCCUGUAACGGGUGACUUAACGGAGACUGAAAUGGACACUAUUCUUAUAUUAACGCGGGACAGUUACUAUGUCGCCGAUUACGACGACCAAAUCGACAAAGUUACAAACUAUCAAAGAGUACCGCUCGAGGAUAUCGUGCUAAUCGAGUUCGGUCAACCGGAGAGCACGGUUUCCCUUUUCAAAAACAAACAGUUCCAUUGCAUUCGAAUAAACUACAAAAUGGCAAACGAGUGCGGCUACUUCCAUAUGUUCCGCAGUACAAACUUACGGUUUUUUAAUAACAUGGCAGUCGUCAUAAAAACCGAGGAAGAAAGUAUAGAGUCUUUAAGAUCUAUCUGCGAAGCUAUCUCGGUGGCGCUGGAAAUAGCCAAUCUACCAAAGAUUCCUAUAGCGAUGAACGUCACUUUAGAUAAGCGGAAGAGUAAGUUAGUGAACAGUAGAGGAACCACCACGGGUCUCCUGGAUAUCACGUCAUUCCCAGAAUUGACUAGGAACGUCUCGGAGACGCAGUUACUAGCUCUUAAAAGUGCAGGAACGAAAGCUUUGAGCAACAUGUCGGAACAAUUUAGCAAACUGAAUAAGUUGAGUCAUAGCUUUAGCGCCAGAAACCCGAUCGACAUAGCUAAGAGCAUAGGUAGGCGGUCGGAAGGAGGACCUUCCAAGCCUACCUUCACCGUGGGAAAUAGAGAUAUUUUAGGCACGGUGCAAGGGAAAAGUAAUAGCGGUAGUAGCAGCAGCGACGAAGAGGACAUCGGUAUGCCUGCAGGUCCUCUAGAGAAGCCAGAUAACUUCAUUCAUGAUAAGAAUCUGAUGGAGGCUUACACUCCGUCUAUUGGCAUCAUAAUGGGCGUGAAAAAUGCAGACGUAGUGCAUACUGAAGACAGCGAAGAGGGAAGCUCGUCGAUGCGACCUAACAAGCUGUCCGAAGAGAGCAAGAGUGACUUGCACGUACCGCAACCGAGUGGUUCUUUAAGUACCUCUCCACAAAAGACGCCAGAAAUAACUAUACAAAACACGACCGAGGACAAGGAAAGGAUGCUCCUCCCACCGUCAUCGUUAAGCCUUUCGAAAAAUAUCAGUCAUUCGACCGGAGCGGUCGACAGUAAACUAAUACUUACUAGUUCGGAUAGGAAUAAAUUGCAAACGGAGAGCAGAUUGCACGAUAAGAAGAGGUCUACGUCGGAACAAGACUUAACUCUUAGCAUCACUUCUUCCCAGAGCGAAUCCGCUCUGAAAUCGAUAAAGACCGACGUAACGCACGUCUCGAAUCCCGUGGCAUCUACCACCAAGGAUAUUCUCUCGCCAUUCUCGAAAUUCGCUAAAGGCGUGCAAACGCUGGGGGCAAAUUUAGACCCCAGGAAAUUGAAAACAGGUCAAGUAGGAUUAUCGAGGAACCUUUCAGAUCAUCACAUGGAGCAACGUCAAAAAUUGCAGGAGAGAUGGGGUUCGUGUCAGUCGAAAUUAAUGGCAUUGUAAACUUUUCGAAGAUAGUUUCCGAAUCUAAAUGUCUACAUAGCGAAUAACCCGAGUAAAAGAGUCACGCGACUUACAAGUACUUUUCCAUUGGAAAUUUCUGAAUAAAUCUCUUUCGUUAUCAUUAGCAUUUUCUAAUCCAAAGUUCGCACGUGUUCGACAUAUUUUGAUUAGUUGUUCAAUUUAAAUUACUGCCAUUUCGCUAGCAAAAACACUGCAUAAAGAAUAAUGAAUAAUCAUUGAGAUCCUUUCUAUUUACUACAUAUUUACACAUAUUCUUUCACGUGUGAAGAAAAGUCACUUCCUAAAGUACAAUGUUGUCAAUAUUUAAUCUACAGCAAAUCCAUUUGCGCGUUUUCUAUUACUCUACAUCGAUCAGAGCCGACGUGCUCUUGACGCCUACACGAACUGACUAUUCGCAAAAAAUGCUUUCGGCGUAUUUAUAUGAAAUUUUCAUUACACCAGCCUUUGUAUGGAUUUUACCAAAACGAAUCCUAGCAUUGCAUUUAGAUAUUAGAAACGUGGAUUUACGAAGAACUGGAAAAAAGCGAAAAAUAAUCGUGUAUGCUUUUAAAAUGAAAUUUAAUCCAAGCAUUCUCGGGAGCUCUUAUGCUUGCUGCAUAAUCAAAUUUUUCUGAACUUUAAUUGCGUUCCAUUGUAACAUAUGUUGUUAGUUUUCUAUUUUGUAAACUUUUAGAUUCAUGUUGUACGUGGCACGUUUGUAUAGAGGCACAUAGAGUGGAAAUCUGUUUAUGCAGCAAGCUUAAACCAAGAAGCUUUGUAGUCAAUUAUGUAUAUACGAAGAAUUGUUUCACGUUAGUGUAAAAAAAAAAA